AUGGAGAGUAAGACGCCGAAUAAUUUAUCGCCACCACCGCGAGUGAAAAAGGAAAAUGAAGAAAUCAAGGAGUUCGCGGAAACAGCUAUGAAUGAGCUGCUGGGCUGGUAUGGAUACGAACGUCUGGAGCUAAGGCGUUGGGCGGCGUCCAGGGCACGAGACAAUUCUAGUCCAGAACAGACCGCAGAGCAGAAAAAUAAAGAUGAAUGCUCGUGGUGCAACAAGAGCAUAACUAGUGAGAGCGGAGCACUACAGCAGGCCGGCGCUGCUUUCUGCUCGGAGCUGUGCUUCAGUCAGUCGCGCCGCGCGAAUUUCAAACGUGCCAAGACUUGCGACUGGUGUCGACAUGUCAGGCACACAGUGGCUUACGUCGACUUUCAGGAUGGCGCAACUCAACUGCAAUUUUGCUCGGAUAAAUGCCUGAAUCAAUACAAAAUGCACAUAUUUUGUCGAGAGACACAAGCGCAUCUAGAUCUCAACCCACACUUAGUGAAUGCUUCGUCAUCCUCCAAUCUCAUUACUCCAGAGCUUUGGCUUAAAAAUUGUAAGAGCAGAUCCGUAUCGCCAACAUCUGAGCGAUCGGGUUCCCCAAACAUUGAAAACAUGGCAAACAAACGAACAGUUGAAAAGAUAGAAACGGUAAAUAAUAUCCGAAAAUCUCCAUUACCGUUAAUAACAGUUGCUCCAGCAGCAAAACUUAUGAAUCCAAAGACUUCAGAAGAGAAGGUGAUACAAAAAUCUCCAGAAUCGAAGAAAGACAGACAAUUCAAAAUGAAUUUGCGGAAGCGCAGAACUUCAAAAUGCUCGGCAACUGUAACUUCUCAGAACUUAAGACAGCAUAAUACAACAGCUCAGGCACAAGACUUGCGACUGUGUAGUCCAUCGUUGGAUGGUUCUUCUCCAAGUUCAACUAUCGGUACAGCCGGUAAUAGCGUUAUCCAUUCCCCACCGCACCUAAUGAAUCAACAUUCAGGCCCGCUACCAUUCCCAAAUCCUUUAUUUGGAAUGCCCCCACCAGUUUUUCCGGAAACACCAAAUCAUAUAAACGAUAACAGAUAUCCUAUGUACUCACCUAGAUUAGGCUUCAUGCCGCGCCCAGGGUUGAUGCAAGAACGUCCUCGUCUUGUUCCGCCACCCAAUUUUCCCCCACCAUUGGGCCAAGCUCCACCAGUUACAGUUUUAGUUCCUUAUCCAGUCUUACUACCGAUACCUCUCCCUAUACCAGUUCCAAUACCUAUAACUUCGUUCAUUCAAGCUCAUUGCUUGAACAAAGUAAAAACGGAAACAAAUAACGAGGAGGCGGAAGGCCCCCUUGAUUUCACAAUUAAUAAUGAAAGAAAUAAAGUAGAACAGUCCAAAGAAGGUGAUGAAUUUCAACCAUCAAACGCAACAGAACCAUUGAAUGAAGAAAACGAAAGAAUAGAUGAUGAAAGAAGCGAAAAUGGAACCAGUGAAACCGGAAACCCUGAGCAGACUCUACCGAAAUUUAAAAUUACAAGGCUCGGUAACAAAAUGGCCAAAAUUGUGACCAAAAGUAGGGAACCAUCUGAGUCUACGAGACCUUUAAGGAAAAGACGAAGACUUGUAGAAGUGGCAACGGAAGACGACUCGCUCAUUCCUAAAACGAGGAAAAUUGUAGAAGUGUAA